AGAAAUAAGAAGCAACGUAUCUCCCGUGGACUAGUCUUGUUCGAUCUCUCUCGAACAAGGAAACCACGUAAAUACCGUCUCGUCUCUUUCUAUUUGAUUCACUUUACGUAACGAUCAACAUGGUAUCAGAGCCUGCGGACUCGGACAACGUCAAUACACGUCUCAACUCGAAGAAUUACGCCCUCUGGGAGUUUCAAUUCCGGACGUUCAUCGAAGGCCAAGGGUUCUUCGGAUUUCUGGAUGGCACUACGACAAAACCACUCGUUCCUCCUUCCACCCAGCAAGAGGUCACGAAGUGGAUGCAAUCGGAUGCAAAAUUAAGAUCAUGGAUACUGAAAUCGGUGGAUCCAUCCAUCGUUUUGGGGCUGCGUCUUCUUCCCACAUCAGCUGAGAUGUGGACGGCGCUGCGGGACACGUAUGCUACGACGAGCGUUGCUCGUCAGUUUGAAAUAGAGGUGGAGCUGGGCAACCUAUAUCAGGGAGACAAGGACAUCGCAACGUACUAUAACGAUGCCAAACUCCUGUGGACAGAACAGGAUCUUCUCUCGGCGGCACUUUUGUCUGGCGCUGUGAUGACUCGGUAUUUGCACAUGUUUUCCCCUUUGUUUCUUGAUUGUUUGAGCUUGAAUUAUUGCGUCUUUGGCCUAUUUUAUGCUAGGUUGUGUUCCUUUGUCCCAUUUCAGGUCCUAGCACAUAAAGUGAAGCAUAGGCGCAAGUUUCAAGUCAAUCAGAGAUCAAUUGACGAUUCGAGAGAAGAAACUCGGGCAUGACCUGAAGAAGAAUGGAUUUCUACCUCACUUUAUGGACAAAGAAUCAUGCAAGCUUGUUAUGAAACGAAAGAGGACGAGACUACGAGCGUCUGGGAUCAAACGGCGAUUGAUUCGGAGUCCGGACGAGGGAGAAACGAAGCAUUAAACAGAGGCUGAGCAAGCUGCACGGGCAGACCAGCGUGGCCACGCACGGCCGUGCAAGUAACCAGUUUGGCCGUGCGGGAUUGUGCGUGGGCACGCACGGGAUUGUGCGUGGCCACGCACGGCCGUGCAACAUACAAUUCUGGCCGUGCGAGUUGGCUGAGGUUCAACUAAUUGAUACGCCGCGUUUUGAGGUGCACGGCCAGAAUGGUGAUGUGCACGGCCGUGCACCCUGGCCGUGCGAGUCGGGAUUUCCUGGUUUUAAGCCAAAUUCCGAACCAAAGAAGAGGGAGAGCUGGGUUUUGGAUCCCAAACACCCAAGGGACGAACCCUAGAGAGAGAGAGCGACUUGGGAACAUUCUUGGAGCUAUUUUGGAGGAUUUCUUCGCCAUUGAAGCUCGGGAAUCAAGCUUGGAGAUGGAG